AGUCCCGGUGCGAGCAGAGAGCGGCUCGGUGCUCAGAGCAGAAACACCUGAGCUCCCGUUACUACCCGGAGACACGGAUACAUUCACAGCGUUAUAGAGGUCAUAAGACGCUUCAUAACGGGCUGCACGAGAAAGGAAACUUCCUUUUGCUGUACUUUUAUCUUUCAUGAGCUGACUCUGACUUGGAUACUUUUUUCUUCUUCCUGUACGGGGUUCAGCACUUGGGACUGUUGCGAUGCCGUUAUUAACGGAACUCUAGUCAGCCUGCGGUUGACAUUUCUCGGAUAGCGCGCGAGCCAUUUAAGGAGCUCUGCUUUCACUUUGCGUGCAAUGCCAAGCGGUCAAGAUCAGACGCUCAUUUGGAAUUAAACAGAGCAGCAAUUAGAAAACAAACAAACAAAAAAAACGUUAUUUUUCUUUACGCCAACGGCGAACGAGCGUGUGCCCCGGGGCGGGGGUGGCAGCCGGUUCUUGCCUGCAGCGCGCGCGCGCUCUCCCUAAAUGCUCGGCCGCUCGUGGGACUCGCAGGGCUCUCGAGGCUGGACAGAGAGAUGAGCUCGUGGGUCGUGCUGCUCGUCGCGCUCGUGGCGUGUCUGCGGCUUGGCGGCGCGCAGGACCCUGUCCCUGUGUCUCUGGUGAAUUUAGUGAUGAACUCUCCCAUCUCAUCCAUGAAGGACUUACAGGAGCUGCUGGACGUUCACUCCGUAGAAUCAGAAGAAGAAGAAGAGGAAGAGGAGGACGAGGAUCAUUCGAACAUAACACAUAAACGCCUUCCCAGAAGUCUCGGCGAUGUGCAGAUGGCUCAGCCGGCUGUGUGUAAGGUGCGUACUGAGGUGAUGGAGGUGACGCGCUCCAUGUUGGACCGAAGCAAUGCUAACUUCCUGCUCUGGCCUCUAUGCGUGGAGGUGCAGCGCUGCUCGGGCUGCUGUAACACACGGACGUUACAGUGUGUGCCUGUUACCACAAAGACACGACAUCUACAGAUGACGAAGAUCCAGUUUGUCGAUGGACGACCCAUCUACAACAAGGUCAUAUUACCUGUGGAGGACCAUCUCAGCUGUAGCUGUAGGCAACACUCUGUCAGUCAUACCGCUUUGCCCAGGACCAUGACGUCCCCACCUCCUCCUCCCCCCAGACUUGUCACCAAACCCCCGGCCUCCAGGAGCCAAUCGAAAGAGGAGUUGCAUCGCCACGAUGACCUAAAACACAACCAGAGGUUCCAGCUCGAGGAUCAAGAGACUCAGUGGCAGUCGAAAUACACGCUGUCACACACACAGAGAAUGCCUGUACACACCCAGGCACACACACUCGCACACUCUCGGCCAGUCCAACACAGCUCGGAGGACGCUGCGACGAGGCACGCGAGCUUUGGCGCAACACGUAUGCUGAGCGACACGAUGCAACAUCUCACACCAGGGAAGGUUCAGGAACACCACACACUCCCUGGCAGCGGCGACGAUAACAUCAAAUCCACGACGAGCGGAGAACACCCAGAGCGACACCGACAUCACCACAACACAGCCACAAAACAACACGAGUCGAGCCAAUCGCACGCCACCGAGCAGCAACAGAGCCAGCCGGACGUCACGCUGCACCACAGCGGCCAACUGGAAGCCCCCGUCGUCAGCUUCAGCCACGUUGAAGUCAUUGGUCAGUCGAGCGGUCAACGUGAGCUGUUCAACCAAUCGCCGACACCCAGUCUGCACCAAUCAGAAGCGAAGGAUCAGCGGCAAGGCCAAUCAGAGACAGACAAGCUACCAGAGUCGGGGCAGGGAAAGACAGAGCAUCACCAUCAUCAUCAUCACCACCAUCAUCAGCAUCCAACACAAGCUGCCACACAAAGAGCAGUGACAAACGCUCCUGCUGGCACGCCUCCUGCGCCUCACACACCCCCUCUGGCCGUCCCUCAGCGGAAACGAAGGAGAAAGCAAAAGAGGAGAAUGAGCAAGUCCGCCAUGAGGGCCAUGAUCAUGGUCAUGUCCUAAACCAACCGGCACUUUGCCAUCACGGACCAGAAGAAACCCAGAGAGACGCCGGACGCCGCACGCUGACACUGGAAAUAUCGCUCACAAUAACUGGAAACGGCUUUGAUCUCCGAACCAUAAACUCAGAACGACUGCAUUUCCCAGCAGCCAGCACGGCCGAGAAGCGCAGGCGCUCAGCACUAUGGGAUAUCCUUAAGUGUUCAUUGCACAUGACCGAGACACUGCUGACAGGGCCUGCCAAAUAAUAAGACUGCAUGGAAACCAACGCAGAGAGAGUUUGCCAAAUAACGAGAUUGCAUCAAAUACAAAACAGACGGCUUGCCAAAUGAUGAGACCGCAUCUCAAACUACGAGGAGUCAGCCUGCCAAUAAAUGACACUGCAUCUCAAACUAUAAGAAGUCAGCCUGCCAAAUGAUGAGACUGCAUCUAAUACAUAAGCACACAACCUGCCAGAUAAUGACACUGUGUGGAAAUCGAUGCAGGGACGAUUUGCCAAAUAAUGAGAUUGCAUCUAAUACAAUGAGACACCACCUGCCAAAAAAUGAGACAGCAGCUCCACCUAUGAGGGGUCGGCUUGCCGAAAAAUGAGACUGCACUAAAAAUUCAUUGCAGACACAACCUGCCAAAUAAUGAGAUUAUGCCUGAAAGAGUGUAACACAGGCUGCCAAAUAGUGAGAUGUAAUUGUAAGAUAAAUACUUAAUGACAGAUACUUACAGAUAAUGACCCACACUUGCAAAAUAGUGAGCAAUAGUGACUAACGGUGUGUCAUGUCAUGUCUGUCAAUUCACUUUGUGGAAAAAAGGGAAGAAAAAAAAGUCCAGUGUGGACUAUAAUCUGCCAACACAAACCCGGUUACGCUGGACUGCAACGGAGCAGAUAAAAUCUAACAUCUGUGGCUAAUCGAGAUAACCGGAUGCUACUGAAUGGACACGAGGACUUGGAGUGUUAAUUAUUACACAAAUUAAUUUAAAACCUAACGCCAACCUCACAUUCGUCACAAACUGCUUGCUUGUAGAGUUUUCUUGUGUCGAAUAGCGUCGACAUGCGUGAUUGGACGUUUUUAACUGAGAUGUCGCACACUGGAAUUCUCAAGAAUCAAAGUGGGAAAAAAACAUGCUUAGCUGUACUAUUAGCAACCCUGCUAAUGCCAGUCAUAGCACAACUGGAAUAUACUGCAUGUUUUAGCUUGAGCGCAUUAGCCAAAACAAGAGAUAACCCAAAUGUAAUGAUCAUCCACCUCUAAGGGGGUUGAUAUAAAGGAUAUCGGGAAAAAAAAACUGUGCUUAGUCACGCUAAAACUACUGAUGCUACUGAUGCUAGCAGGAACUUGUGUAUUAAAACUACUGUUUGCUAAAGUAAUGCAUAAGGCUAUACUGUAAAUGUUAAUUUUUAUUUUUCUGCUGUUAUUUUUUUUUCUUAACUUAUUUAUGAAAAUGGUAGAUGUCUCCAUCUGCUUCUGAGCGUAAUGAAAUGUUAUUAAAUGAUAAUUAUUGUAAUAAUGUAAUAAUGCUAUUUUAAUAUAAAUAUAAAUAUGUGAGAAUCA